GCGGGAGGGAGGGGAAGGCCUCGGGAACCCAGCCGCGCUGCCGCCGCCGCCGCCGCAGCCCGAGUCGGAGGAGGGAGAAACCAGUGAGAAAAUGGCGGCCGUGGCUGCUGAGGCGGCGGCGACCGCGGCGUCCCCCGGGGACGGGGGCGCCGGCGAGGCUGAGCCGGAGCUGGAGCCCAUCCCCGGCAGCGAGGCCGGCACCCCCCUCCCGGUCACGGCCACCGAGGCGGCGGUGCCGGACGGCGAGGCCGACGGGCGCCAGUCCGCCCCUCAGGCCGACGAGCAGCCGCUGCCGCCACCGCCGCCGCCGCCGCCGCCGGGGGAGCUGGCCGGUAGCCCCGAGGCUGAGGCGAAGCCUCCCGAGCCCGCGGCCGCCCCGGCCCCGCCGCCCGAGCAGCCCUCGGCCGCCCCGGAGCAGUCCGAGGAUGCGCCGCGGCCGCCGCCAGCUCCGGCGCUCGUGCCGCCGGCGGGCGGGGACUCGGCGGUGUCGCAGCUCAUCCCCGGCUCGGAGGUGCGGGUCACGCUGGACCACAUCAUCGAGGACGCGCUCGUAGUGUCGUUCCGCCUCGGGGAGAAGCUCUUCUCCGGGGUCCUCAUGGACCUGUCUAAAAGGUUUGGGCCCCAUGGGAUCCCUGUGACAGUAUUUCCCAAAAGGGAAUAUAAGGAUAAAACGGACGCCAUGCAGCUCCAAAGUAACACAUUCCAAGAAGGGAUAGAAGUCAAGCGGGAAGUGAACGGUGCUGUUCCCGAUAACCUUUCUCCAGCCCCUCCUGAGCGCCUGUGGACUUCCAAACCACCUCCUCUCUUCCACGAAGGAGCACCUUAUCCUCCCCCCUUGUUUAUCAGGGACACAUAUAACCAAUCAAUACCUCAGCCUCCUCCUCGGAAAAUUAAGCGACCCAAACGAAAAAUGUACAGGGAAGAACCCACUUCAAUAAUGAAUGCGAUUAAGCUACGGCCCAGGCAAGUCCUGUGUGAUAAGUGUAAAAACAGUGUUGUUGCAGAAAAGAAGGAAAUUAGAAAAAGUAGCAGUGACUCUUCUAGGUAUGAAGAUAAAAAACGGAGAAAUGACAGUGUAGCUACUGUGAACAAAAAACUGAAAACUGACCAUAAAGUUGACGGGAAAAACCAAAACGAGAGCCAGAGAAGAAACGCUGUGGUGAGGGUUUCCAAUAUUGCUCACAGCAGAGGCAGAGUAGUCAAAGUUUCUGCUCAGGCAAACACAUCAAAAGCUCAGUUAAGUACCAAGAAAGUGCUCCAGAGCAAGAACAUGGACCACGCAAAAGCUCGGGAAGUAUUGAAAAUUGCCAAAGAAAAGGCACAGAAGAAGCAAAGUGAAACCUCUACUUCCAAAAACACACACUCAAAAGUCCAUUUCACACGUCGCUAUCAGAAUCCUAGCUCAGGUUCCCUUCCACCUCGUGUGCGUUUAAAGCCACAAAGGUACAGGAACGAAGAAAAUGACUCUUCUCUGAAGACAGGACUGGAGAAAAUUCGGAGUGGCAAGCUGGCCCCUAAGCCGCAGUCUCGCUGUACCUCCACCCGCUCAGCAGGUCUCAACAAAUGGCAGCUAUUACAUCAGACAGUGACGAGUCCUGCUGCUCCCUUACAGUGUCUGACAGACCACUGUGGAUUCAGACUGGGAGCAUUGAAGUUAACAGUGAAGCGGGCAGCACAAAGACAUUAACAGACUGCGGUUUCUUGGACGUGUACCACAGUGACAGAACAAGAGCAUCAGGACUGGAUAAGAUUGGAGUUUUAAGCUGCACUAAGAAGUAAAUGUUAAAGCAGUGGCUAAAACCAGUCAUUUAUAUAGGGCACUCUGAGAGUAGACUGAAUGGGAGAAAAGGUAUUAGGGAAUAUUUUAUAUAUAUAUAUAUAUAUAUACAUAUAUAUAUAUAUAUAUAUAUAAAAGAAACAAAGUACUGCAAUAAAUUGUGCAUGAGGAGGAGAAAGGUGAUGCACUCAAGUGUGACGCGGAAGAGUCGCUGAUGGUAGCUUCUUUUGAAUGUGAACAGUAGUUUGGACAGGCUUAUCAGGCAUGGGAUGGUGCAGAAAUGUGGAAUUGUUUUGCAUACUUAACCUUUGUGCUCUCUCCAAGGAUUAUGUUUAUCAAUUCAGAAGUGAGCAGAGGUGUGUUUAAAAUGGCGCUCCUGUGAAAUAGCAAUGGUCACUUGUGCUAAGGCCAGUGUUUCCUUCAGGUGCCCAUAGAAACGAGAAGACAUCCUGCUGAAAGGAUGAUUAAGUGCCCCGCCCCACCCACAAGUAAAAUGUGGAUCUUUUCUUUUAAUAAAACAGGGCUGUAUUAUCUUGAAUAUAUGUUUGCUUGUUAGAGCAUAUUAAGAUGUAUUUAUUUGCCACUAGUAUUUAACAUUAUGUGCACAUUUUCAUAACUACAUUCUUACCUUUUCAUAUUUUGACUUCCAAGUGGAUAGGCUAGUGUUGAUUUUGGAAUGAAAUCGUACACUCCCAAGAACUAGCUCAUAAUUCUCCUGAGCUGGACAAGCUUUUAUUACCGCCUCUCCCCUUACUGAGUGGCGCUGUUCUAAAAAGGUGACAGCAUCAGUGUUGAUCUGGACCUCUUCCCAUUGCAAGAAGCCCCUACUUCUUUCUGGUACAGGAAGUUCUCGCAGGUGUCGGGGAAGACUUGGCCUUGGGAGACAAGUGGCAGAAACAGAUCCUUGCAAACAGCCUAAACUUUUGGUGCAUGAACAUGAAUUCUUAAUAGAGACCACAGAUUUUCCUUGUCUUUGUUUAAAUACAUAUUAUGAAAAUCCUUAAUUUUACUUGUUUAAUGAAUGGAGAACACAUGAGAAAAUCAGAUGGACCUGUUAGUACUACAUUUUUAAAUAUUUUAUAUUUGAUGGUGCCGUAAUUUUAAUAAUAAAACUGAAGAUUUUUAGUGGCAAUACUGAUUUAUUUUUUAAACCAGAAAGAUAACACCAUAUUGAUUACUUACUACAAAAAGAAAAAAAGCCAAAAUAAAAAAAGAAACUAACUCACAAAAAUCAUUCAAAGCAACACAACAAACUGAUAAGCGAGCACUUGGCUCAAGAGUUCACUUUCUGUGAUCUUUCUGUGUGGGUGAGAUUACCCAACAGCCCAUUGCUCAGGAUUAGCAAAUGCUCUGGGUGGGAUUUUUAAAUCGUUUAAUAUACCUGACUGUGAUUUGAUUUAUAACUCAAGAAGAAAAGCCGGGUAGUCUGGAGUCUAGUGAGCUUAAUUCAGAUCCUAACAUACUGCAAGUGCUGGGAAGUCCUGACUGCAUUUUACGAUGAUCUCUUUGGAGACUUCCACAUCAUGACGUCAUCUUGUCAAAUGGGCUCAGGAACUGUAACAGCAGGGAGCCGUGGAGAAGACUUGAAGCACGCUUCCGGGCUCUGGGGUCAGUCUUGUCUUAGACCCCCAACACCAGCAGUAACUUUUAUGCUCACUCAGGAACCAGGUGUCUCCCAGUCAUGUGGAGUAUGCACGGACUGUAUCAGGAAGACCUUUAAGCUUUAGAAAUCUUUAUUUGUAGAGAGAUGGAAUUGACCAAAAAUAAUAUUAAGAAGGCAGAAGCACUGGGAGAGAUCAGGUUUGAAUAAUCUACAUAUUUUUUUUCCUCAUGACAAAUCUUUAAAGGCAUUUUAUUACAAACUAGAUUUUCAUUAAGAAAAAAAAAGACACUUGGUGGUAUUUAAAAUCUAUGCCUACCAUGUUACAACUUCAUUUUUAUUGCUUUAGUUGCUUAAUAUUUAAGCUCUGCUUCAUGCUACCUUUUGUCUGUAUUUCAAAUCCUCACAGGCCUAUUUCAUUUGUAGACUUGAAUGCUACAUUGUUUCUCACCUUCCAUCUGCUCAGAGUUAAAUGUUAAAGAAUGUUGUGUAAUGGUAUCCAAUAAAGUCUUUGAUUUUUUUUAUUUA